AUGUAUCAAGAGCCUAAGCAGGCCAGAAUGUGCGGGGUUGGUGGCAAAGGUGCGCCCGCAUCUCUAAUUUUUCCCUUUAGCCUCUCUAACAGGCAGUGUCUAGCGGACAGAAGACCGAUCGACCCACCACCCAUAGUUCAGUUACGAGUCUACGAUACGAUACCUUCCGAUCCAAAUGACCCAAAUUCAGCAAAUAAUCCCGCUCAUCAA